AAACCAUCCCAGCUAUAUUCCCAGCCUUUCCCUUAUGUUUAGACGAGUCGCCUCUCAGCAGGCUUGUGGUAUUUUGCGUUCGGUUUAUUUUGUUUUGUUUUGCUUUAUAACAAAAACAAGCAGCAGGCUGAGAAACGAAAGCUGGCUGGGCCGUUCUCAGCAUUGGCCGGAGCCGCCUGAACCCUCCCUGCGGCCGGGCGGCUGCUGGAAGCCUGGAGACUUCUUUCUUGGCCAGACAGUUUUGAUUAAAGCCGGUGCUAAGCAGGCUGUCCAGGGGCAGAGCAGCCUCACUCCAGCUCCUCUCGGCUCCGGACGGCAGCGGCAUGGUGCUGCGGGGAGCCUGCCUGCUCCUCUGCCUCGUCUCCCUCGCCCAGGUCUCCGGCCAGCAAAACGGCAAGGGGCGGCAGAAGCCGGCAGCAGCCAAGAAAGAUGGUGUAAGCCUCAAAAUGAUUGAAGACCUGAAGGCCAUGAUUGACAACAUCUCUCAGGAAGUUGCUCUACUGAAGGAAAAGCAAGCACUUCAGACAGUCUGCCUGAAAGGCACCAAAAUUCACCUAAAAUGCUACCUGGCAUUCUCUGAGAGCAAGACGUACCACGAGGCCAGCGAGCACUGCAUCUCGCAGGGUGGCACGCUCGGCACGCCGCAGAGCGGGGAGGAGAACGACGCGCUCUACGACUACAUGCGCAAGAGCAUCGGGGCCGAGGCGGAGAUCUGGCUGGGCCUCAACGACAUGGCGGCCGAGGGCAAGUGGGUCGACAUGGCGGGCGGCCCCAUCCGCUACAAGAACUGGGAGACCGAGAUCACCACCCAGCCCGACGGCGGCAAGCUGGAAAACUGCGCGGCCCUGUCGGGGGCGGCGGUGGGCAAGUGGUUUGACAAGAGGUGCAAGGAGCAGCUGCCGUACGUCUGCCAGUUCAUGAUCGUGUAGCAGGGCUGUAUAGAGCUACAGGGUGGCUACGUGCACACGUCGGUGUGCACGCACACGCGCGGGCCCACACGCACCUUCACGUAGCACCACGGCCUGGGCAGCCACUGCAGGCCGGCUUUGGGUCGGAGCUGCGCUGCCUUUCACUCGGCCACAUCCAGCCCCGUUCGCAUCCUUCCCCCUAAGGCAUGAUCCAUAGAUAUAUUUUUGUACACAGGGAAUUUAUGAGGUGGUUUCGGCGAAGAACCAGCGUGACAGCCCAGCCUCACCAACAGCCAUUUCAGAGGCCCGGGCUGUCACUCUGCAGUCUCCAUUCCCACCUCGCUGAACCUUGCUGGGACACCGGCAAUGCCAGUCUGUGCCUUCUCCUCCAGCUUUGCUCCCCUGCAAGCCCAGUUCGGGGAUCAGGUCCUGUUUCAGAGAGCAGAGGGUGUUAAUUUCUGCUUUAUGCUGAGAUGCUGUUGGGCUUGUCGGCCCAGUACCAUUCUGCUUAAUGGGCUGAUAUGCUGAGAAGAAGGGUGUCCUUCCCAAAAGCAUCCCCCAUUUUUUUGACCCUUUUCUCACCAGUCAGAAGAAAACAUUUCACUGACUUCAGUAGGGGAGCUAGCCCCAGCAUCCGACCUUUUAAAAAAACCCCAUCACAAGAUUUAUUUACACUCCUGUACAAUGGAGGAAGCAGUGAUUACUUGCAGCAUACUCAGUCAAAUGCAUUAUUGGAAGUAGAAGGUGAAAGUAAUUAGGUAAAUAACAAAAAUGUAAAGCUACUAGGGAAUAAGCUGCCAUAUAAAAGACAACUGUCUAUCAAAAAUGAAUCCUGAGAAAUCUGACUUCAGCCACUUCAGGAAUCAUAUAGCUUGUUCUAGUGAUGGAAACCCAGCUGAAAUGCUUGGCAAACACAAGCCUGCUCAGUACAGUUUGUGCCCGUAGAGUUGCCCCCAGCUGAAGAUCUGGCCUCGGUAAAUUUUUGCUGAGAAAAGGGUUAAAAAAAAUAAAGAAAGAAAUAGGAACAAUGGGAAAGGAUUGCAGAGCACCCUGACAGCUUAACACAGCCUUGUUGACAUUGAUUUGCUGACUGCUGGCUGAAAUGCAUCAGCGGUUCCUUGAAGUCCAGCACUUGGUACUGGCCUUGCCCUUCAGGCUACACGUCCUAGCACAGCCAGACAGAGGGCAUCCCAACGGGCCCCAGCCUCGUAGUGAGACAAAUUUUGAUUUGUUGCUUUGCUUAAAAACAGCACAGUGGUGGGUCUUCAAAACAUCAUGUGGGAGAGCCAAGCCGGAGGGGUCAAAAGCACAAACACAGUGCAUACUUCCCAGGCUGUCAUUAUUGCCAAACUUUCUGCUGUUCAAAUGAAUAUAAAAUAAAUAUAUAUAUAGCUUGCUGAA